GGCGCCUCAGGGACAUUGUCCUGCUGGGGUCCUGGGCUCCGUGCUGGUCAGCGUCGCACGCCCGGGGCCGGGAGAGGCGGGCACUCAGCCUGAGCCACAUUUCUGCUGACCGGGCAGCCUUCUCCCUGAGCUCACGCUUUCCAGACAAAUCCCCCUAAUGCUUCCAUUCUGUCGUGGGCAUAUAUACGGAGGACCGUCCCCGGGGCUCUCCACUGCACUGCCCAGAGGCCCCCGCCCGACUCCCCGCCAGCCCCGGGUUCCUGCACCACCGACGCCCAGCAUGGACAUCGCCAUCCAGCAGCCCUGGUUCAAGCGUGCGCUGGGCCCCUUCUACCCCAGCCGGCUGUUCGACCAGUUCUUCGGUGAGGGUCUCUUCGAGUACGACCUGCUGCCCUUCCUGUCCUCAACCAUCAGCCCCUACUACCGCCAGUCCCUCUUCCGCACCGUGCUGGACUCCGGCGUCUCCGAGGUCCGAUCUGACCGAGACAAGUUCGUCAUCUUCCUGGACGUGAAGCACUUCUCUCCGGAGGACCUCACCGUGAAGGUGCUGGAGGACUUUGUGGAGAUCCACGGCAAACACAACGAGAGGCAGGACGACCACGGCUACAUCUCCCGCGAGUUCCACCGCCGCUACCGUCUGCCGUCCAACGUGGACCAGUCGGCGCUCUCCUGCUCCCUGUCCGCGGACGGCAUGCUGACCUUCUCCGGCCCCAAGGUCCCGUCCGGUGUGGACGCUGGCCACAGCGAGAGAGCCAUCCCCGUGUCGCGGGAGGAGAAGCCCAGCUCUGCGCCCUCGUCCUAA